GGCUGCGAGCCCCCACGCGGCUGACGGUGCGCUGUCUUCGCAGAUGGGGGCCGCCCCAGGACCCUCACCCACCCCACCCCAGUCACCCUGAGGCACGUGGCCUGGGAGCUGCACCUCUUGGCCGCUGCCUGGGACGUUGACCUUCCGGAGGGCCAUGGAGGCUGGCGGGGAGAAGGGCGCCACUUGACCGCCUGGGCCUGGACGCCUUCUCACUGGCGCUCACACUCCGGUAACUUUGCAGUGCUCAUGGAUCUGAAGACGGUCCUCUCCCUGCCCCAGUACCCGGGGGAGUUCCUGCACCCUGUGGUGUAUGCCUGCACCGCAGUCAUGCUGCUGUGCCUCCUGGCCUCCGUGGUCACCUACAUUGUGCACCAAAGCGCCAUCCGGAUCAGCCGGAAAGGCCGGCACACGCUUCUCAACUUCUGCUUCCACGCGGCUCUGACCUUCACGGUGUUCGCUGGCGGCAUCAAUCGCACCAAGUACCCAAUUCUGUGCCAGGCGGUUGGCAUCGUGUUGCACUACUCCACGCUCUCCACCAUGCUGUGGAUCGGAGUGACCGCCAGGAACAUCUACAAGCAGGUGACCAAGAAGGCCCCGCCGUGCCCGGAUGCAGACCAGCCACCGUAUCCCAAGCAGCCCCUGCUCAGGUCCGGCCCUAACCAGCCAUGUGUCAAGGCCCGGGCCCAGGACUCGGAGUAA